AUGAGUUAGUCUCCCAUUGUCUUCACUAACAAACCUUCUAAACCCCAUCCUUUAGAUGAUAGUGUUUGGAGAUGGGGAUCAGUUUUGCCAAAACUACACCAAAAAGAUCUAUCACCUUAAAUCAAAAGUGAACCGCACUACUUCAAAAAUAAUUAGCUUGAAGAUAGUUAAACCAUCAAUAAUUAUACAGUUAGAUCUGUAGUAUUACCUGAAGUAACUAUUUAUUAUAACAUUAUUAGGAACCUGAAUAUAUAGAAGUGGACUGGAAUGCAUUCCAACUCAUCUCUUUUGAUUGAUUC